GCGAGGAACUUUUAAAUCAACUACCGAAAAGCGUGCUGAGAAUUGUACUACACUUAACUAAGAACUUUUCCAAUAUCAGGGUUUUAAAUUAUGAAUUUUAUGUGCAGAUUUUGUGGGAAAACCUAUGUAGAAUGGGUUUAAAUGUGGUAAAAGUUGAAUGGAGAUGACAGUACUGCACUUUCAGCUGACAGCACAAUCAGAUUAACCUUAUAUAAUAGAUUUAACCUUAUAUCAGAUUUCACAAAAGCAGAACUUUGUGGAAAUCGUAGGAAAAUUUGUGGUAAAACUGUGUUAAUAUUGAAGUUCAGUAGUUUAUUCUAGCUGAAAUUAGUAUUUUUCAUCAGACUCCAUCCCAUGAUUCUAUAACUCAAACAAAAACAUAUUCAGAUCUGAAUUACAGGUUAAGUGUUGCUUAAUGACUCAAAAAAAGAAAGAAAAAUACAGAAAAAAAGAAAGCAGGAAGGAGAGGGAGGGGAAGAGAGAGAGAGAGCACAGAAAAGAAAAGAGAAAGCAGAGGAAAUGGAUGCUGAAUGAGGGAAUCCUAAAGAGGAAACAGAUAUGUCAGCACUUUCUCUCUCUUUCUGUACCAGGGCACAGAUUCUACUACAUCUCCCCUCCCUCCCUCUUCCUCUCUCCUCCACUAUCUUAGUGAUCCCAGAAAGAGACCUGCACAGAGAAAGACGAGAUUUGGACUUUACUGCAGCAUAAAGCAUAGAAAGAAUAGAAAAUUAGAAAUCAGAACCGUGCUGAUCUAGAGACCAAGCAGAAAGAAAGAGGUGAGGGAUGGAGAGAAACUGAAAGACAGAAAGAGGACAGGAAAAAGGAGCACAGAGUGAUGAGAAGGAGAAGGAACACCAUGAAGAUGCUCGUGUAUUCUGUGAAGCCCUGCCUGCUCUUACUGUGGUUUACGUGUACUUGCGUACAUGCAGAAUGUCCCGCUGUUUGCUCCUGUAGUGAGAGCCAUCGGACAGUUGACUGUUCUUGGAGGGGGUUUAGGCAUCUGCCAAAUGGCCUACAGAGAAACAUUCAAUCCCUCAACCUGACCCACAAUCGGCUAUCUGACCUGGACCACCACCUAAGCUCCUUCACACAUCUGCGGAUCCUGGACAUCUCCUAUAACCGUCUACUUCAUUUCCCAGCCUCACUGCCACGGGCACUGUGGGAAAUCAAUGUCUCAGGAAACCGCCUAUGUGUACUUAAAAAGGAUGACACUGCAUACCAGUGGAACCUCAGAGUUCUGGACCUUUCUGUCAAUAAGCUGGAGCGUGUGGUCUUCAUCAACAACACGCUCCCCAACCUGAAGGCUCUCAACCUCAGUCACAACAAGUUCUGGACGGUACCUACCAACAUGCCCCAUAACCUGGAGGUGGUGGAUAUAUCCCACAACACCUUGGUGCAGAUUCUACCGGGGUCACUGGUCCGGCUACACAGGCUGGCUCAGUUCUACCUGCAUGCAAACCGCUUUACUACGGUCAAUGAAGGAGCAUUCGAGCAUCUGCAAAGUCUGAAGCUCAUCACUCUAGGGGACAACCCAUGGGCUUGUGAAGAAACUGCCAACAUCAGCCACCUGUUGGUGUGGACCAAACACACUUCCGCCCGAGUGUUGGGCUGCCCCUGCCACACCUGGCACACCUGCGGAGAAGCUCACCUGUCCAGGACAGGGAGCUGGCACUUUGGCGCCUACACGUUGUCCCCAUAUGUCUUUGGAACCGAGGAGCCAAGCCAUCCAUAUGUACAAGCGGUAACCACACACUUCUUGACAGAGACAUCACUCCUAAACACCAGGGAUGAUCAAACAGGAUCUAGAAGCACCAAGGAACAGGAGUCUUUCAGAAAGGGCAUUCUCCUUACCUCGACUUCAGAGGUUUCCGAUUCAAAUAUUCAUUCAACUACAGAAGGCCCGAUCACACCAGUCGACUUCUUCACCACCAUCUCCACCACCCGCAGGACCACCACUCUCCGCACACGGAGUGUGAAGAGACCCAAUCAGAAUCUCAGCAGAAACACAAGCUCAGGACGCAGUGCCGGCUCACUCUACACAUCGGUCUGCUGUCUGCUCCUCCUGAUGGCCAUGACACUACUGCUCUGAGGAUCACCUGAAUCACAUGGUCCUUCUUCUAACCUGGAUUUUCAUUUCAUUACAUUUUCAUUUCACUUUUAUGUUCAACAUAUCAUUAAAACUUAAAAUGAACUUCCAAAACAGAACAGUCUCACAUUAUAACCUCCAUCUGCUGAUGUAGAGCAGCAACAAGCAGGAUUACUGGACAUACAAGUUUACAUGGAAUGGAUGCAAAAGCAUUUCAUAGAUUAAUCAAAUUAACAUCACUCAGAUUACCUGACAAUCCAAUGUGUUUAAAAACGAUUCUAUUAAUUUAAAUGCAUGAGUGUUAUUACUGCAAUAAAACUAAAAUAAUAAACAUGGACAAAAAGCA